CCCCCUGCCCCUGCUCCUCUCCCCCUCCCCGCCCCUUUCUCCUCCUUCUAGGACUGGACCAGAGAAGCCACUGUGGCCACUGGGUGGGGCCCUUCCCCCAAGUUCUUGCCAGCCACCCCCAGGAGUCCACAGGGCGGCCAGGGUCCCCACCAGGCCUGGCGGGACCAGGAUGCUGCCCCCUCCCCUCCCCCCCGGCCGCACCCAACUCUCCCAUCCACCCGAACACCCAGUCUGACUGGAGACAGCCGGAUGCCGGCUGACCCUGGGCCAGAGGCGGGCAGUGGCUGGCCAGGGUUCCUCAUGUCCUGCCUGAAGGGCCCCCAUGUCAUCCUCAAGAUGGAGGCCAUGAAGAUCGUCCACCCUGAGAAGUUCCCCGAGCUGCAGGCGGCCGCCCCCUGCUUCCCACCUGCACCCCGGCCCACCCCGGCUCUGGCACCCAAGCGAGCCUGGCCCUCAGACACAGAGAUCAUCGUCAACCAGGUUGGGGGGGACAUGCCUGCCUUGGAAGGGGCGCCCCGUACCCCACCCCUGCCACGUCGGUCCCGCAAGGGCAGUGCGGAGCUGGGCUUCCCCCGAGUGGCACCCGCGGACGAGGUCAUCGUGAAUCAGUAUGUGAUUCGGCCUGGCCCUGCUGCCUCAGGGGCCCCAGCAGCAGCGGCAUCAGCCGCAGGUGAGCCUCUCGAGUGCCCCACCUGCGGCCACACGUACAACGUCACUCAGCGGCGGCCCCGCGUGCUGUCUUGCCUGCACUCUGUGUGUGAGCAGUGCCUGCAGAUUCUCUACGAGUCUUGCCCCAAAUACAAGUUCAUCUCCUGUCCCACCUGCCGCCGUGAGACUGUGCUGUUCACUGACUACGGCCUGGCUGCGCUGGCUGUCAACACGUCCAUCCUGAGCCGCCUGCCACCUGAGGCGCUGACCGCCCCAUCCGGUGGCCAGUGGGGGGGCGAGCCUGAGGGCAGUUGCUACCAGACCUUCCGGCAGUACUGUGGGGCCGCGUGCACCUGCCACGUGCGGAACCCGCUGUCUGCCUGUUCCAUCAUGUAGUGCCCACUCACCCGCCGCCCACCGGUCCUCGCUCGCUGCUUCUUCAGGGAUCUGGCCCUGCCCUGUUGCCCGCUGACCCCUUGCCCACCACAGCUUCUGGCCCCCACCCGCGUGGCAUUGUCGCUGCAGCCAACUUUGCCAUUAAAACUCUUUGCCAAAGUUUGCACCUUGUU